UUCACCUUCAUUCAACUUUUCGCGACAGCAAUCUUGUUCAUGCAAUUUCGUUGCGAUACUCACCCAACUCCGAAUUAAGCAUAAUCCGGCUGAACUCAAUCCACGCAUCUCACGUUUAUUUUGCGAGGCAUCAAUUCUUCCAAUUCGGAGCCAUGGGAAAGAAGAAGCGUGGUCAUCCCGACGUCGAGGAGCUUCUGUCUCGACCUUGGUGUUACUACUGUGAACGAGACUUCGAAGAUCUAAAACUUUUGAUAUCGCAUCAGAAGGCGAAACACUUCAAAUGUGAUCGAUGUGGGCGACGUUUGAACACAGCUGGAGGUCUCUCCGUUCAUAUGAAUCAGGUCCACAAGGAGUCUCUAUCAUCAGUCGAAAAUGCACUCCCCAAUCGACAAGGCCUCGAUGUUGAGAUCUUCGGUAUGGAAGGUAUCCCGGAGGACAUCGUCCAACAGCACAACCAGCGCAUCAUCCAAAACUUCUACCAAGCCCAAGCCGAGCGAUACGCGGCGACGGGGAAUCCCCCGCCUGGACAGGGUAGAAAGGGACCAGCGAAGAAGAUUAAGAUCGAGACGGCAGAUGAGAUCAAGAAGCGAUUAGCAGAACAUCGUGCAAGGCUUGCCACCCAGAAGCCAGGAAUCGGUGGUGGAAGCGCGACUCAUACGCCUCGCGAGGGUUUACCUGAUCGGAACAGUCCUGCGCAAAGUGCAUCUCCUGGUGCAUUCAAUUCGCCUUUCCCUCCCCCAGGAGGUCAGUACCCGGGAUUCCCUCCUCAGUCCGUGCCCGGCUACUCGCCUCCACCUCAGUACCCCGGCGCAUAUCCACCACCAAGUCUCCCCUCACGACCUGGCAGCAACCUCCCCGUUCCAUCCGGAUUACCUCCACGUCCUGGGCAAGCUGGCUGGCAAGGAAAUGCAUCGACCAUCGACGAACUUGUAUCUGGUGCUGCCCAACAAGGUGAUGAUAUCGACCAGAUUAUCAGAAUGGCUGAAGCUGGAAUCAAACCACCAAAGAAGCCGGAGACGCCGACUACCGGCGAGGCGGGCGAAGCGACGGAGAAGAAGUCGAAGAAGGACAAGGACAAGAACGUGAAGAUGGUGUACGACGACGAGAUUAGUCCCGAAGAGAGGAUGUCGAUGAUGCCUAGAUACGCUUUCGUCCCAGAGGCUAGUGCUUAGGGUGAUGAGGGGAUGUGGUUUGUAAUAUUAUGAAACGGCGAAUGCUUAUGGUUAGUCCCUAUGUGUUGGGAUCUAUGAGCUAACGUCUCGCAGAACAUGCUGCUCGGAGAUACUAGGGCAGCUAGGUAUUAAAAAAAUUGCGAAACGAUGAGAUAUCCCAAAUUAGCUCUGAGCCUCAUGUUGACUUCGAAUUAUUGAAAAAUACCUAAUUCUAGACUCAAGGUCCCCAUUACAGCAUUCUAACCAACCUCUCUACCUAGCAAUUCAGGUGCACAGGAGUUGUACUUAAUAUUAACAUUAAACAUUAUUUGGUAUGGUUGGUAUGGUUACUGGAAAAAGCAUAACAUUGGAUAUAUGAUGGUUACCCCUUUCGUUUAUAUCGCUUAUAAUGAAUAACUCUUACAUACCUACGAAAUUUGUAUAGUUAUUGUGUGGAUGACGUCAUAUAUUAUCCCGUUUACAUCUGCGGACUUAUUAAGUCUUUUGGAUGCGAAGCAAACGACAAC